AUGAAUUCAUUGAGGAAGAAAGUGAUGCUGCAUCUCGAUCAAAGUCUCGAUCACGGUCUUUGUCCCGUGCAGUCAAAUUUGUACUUUAUUUUGACCAAACACUUACAUUUUACAACUUGUCGAAGUCAAGGUCGCUUGAUUUUGGUAGAAACAAAAUUUGAAUUCAGAUCACGCGAUUCGAGAUCAUCUCGUGGCGGCAGAUCACGCAACGGAGGAAGUUCGAAAUAUUCUUCAAGAGAUGAUCCUGAACCUUCCAAAUGUCUGGGUGUUUUUGGUUUAUCUUUGUACACCACCGAACGUGAUCUCAGGGAUUUAUUUUCUCAGUAUGGUGACAUUGAUAAAGUGCAGCUGGUGUUCGAUCGUCCAACAGGUCGUUCUCGUGGGUUCGGUUUCAUAUACUUCGAUAAAUUGGAGGAUGCGGUGAAAGCAAAGGAGAAGUUGACAGGGUCGGAAGUGGAUGGGCAUAAGGUUCGAGUGGAUUACUCGGUAACGAAACGGGCACAUACCCCGACCCCGGGUAUCUAUAUGGGUACACCAUCGCAAACGAGGGGAGGAGGGGGAUAUCGUCGUCCGUCAUAUCGAUAUGAUUAUCGACGAUCUCCAUCUCCAUAUAGAGGCAGUUAUCGCAGUGGAAGAAGUCCAAGAUAUCGAGGUUCAUAUUACGAUUCAAUGAGGUUUGUAUCAUUUAUUACUGAUUGUGCUUAA